AUGCACGGUGUACAGACAGCUCAAUACUGGGCUGCAGCAGCAGAAUGUGCGCUAUGCAGCAGCAGCACAAACACAACCAUCAACGGAUCUUCUUCUCCUGCUGCAGCAGCAGCAGCAGUUGCUGCUGCUGCUGCUGGGGCCGGGGGGCCCCAGGGGGGGGCCCCCAACAGCAAGAACGGCUGCUGCUGCCCAUGGAGAUUCGCCGUGGUGACCCACUGCACCCAUGGAUUGAAUAGAACGGGGUAUAUGGUGUGUGCGUUGCUGAUGCUGCUGCUGGGCCUGACAGCAGCAGAGGCGCAGCAGGUGUUUGCUGCUGCUCGUGGGUACGGGAUUCAGAGAGAAGAAGUUGUUGCUGCGCUGCAGCAGCUGCAGCAGCAGAUGCAGCAGCAGCAAGAAGAAUAUAAUACACUUGUACAGGCACUCACACCACCCGUGCUGCAGCAAUCCUUCGCUAGGAAUGCUGCUGCUGAUGGGAUAGAUAUAGAAAAGGGGAGCUGCUUGAUUCGUGUUGCUGCUGCUGCAGAUACAGCAGCAGCAGCAACAGCAGCAGCAGCAGCAGCAGCAGCAGCAGAUGAUCAGGAUGAUGAUGCUAGGUUUAUUCCUAUACCUGAAGCAUUAAAGAAGAAUCUCCUCGCUUAUAGAGAAGCAGAAAAAGAUAGAAUGCUGAGAGCGAAGCAGCCAAGACAGAGGCAGCAGAAGCAGCAGCAGCAGCAGCAGCAGCAGCAGCAGCAGAAGCAGCAGCAGAAGGAGGAAGAGCAGCAGCAGCAGCAGCAACAGGAGAAGCAAGAAGAAAAGAAAGAAGAAGGUAUAAAGACAGAAGAGAAAGACGAUGGAGCCGACGAAGAAACAAAAAACGAAACAGAAACCAAAAACGAACCAGCAGCAGCAGCAGCAGCAGCAGCAGCAGCAGCAGCAGCAGAGCUAACAGAGGAGGAGCUGCAGCGUCUCCCAUCGAUCCCAGAGACGAUCCCCAACAACGGAGUCGUUUUGUUUGGGCCUCUAUCCAACGCGCUGCUGGCCCCUGAGGAGGCGUUGCUGCACCUGCUGCAUAUACACCCCAAGCUGCGUAUUUGUGACUUUAGGGUUCUAGUAAAUGAAAAUAUAAAUAAAUUUAAUUUAUAUCCUGCAGCAGCAAAAAAAAACGGAUUCAAAAGAAAGAGGAGAGUUGGUGUGCCCCCACAGAAACAAACAACAGAUACACUGCAGCAGCAGCAGCAGCAGCAGCAGGAACAGCAGCAGCAGCAACAAGACCAGGAGGAGCAGCAGCAAGCAACCAACAGCAGCAGCAACAGCAGCAUAAACAGCAGCAACAGCAGCAGCAACAGCAGCAGCAGCAGCAGCAGCAAACCACUACAAUACCACUACAUUCUCUACAUCCAAGCGUCAGGAACAGCAGCAGGAAGAACAGCAGCAGCAGCAACAAGACCAGGAGGAGCAGCAGCAAGCAACCAACAGCAGCAGCAACAGCAGCAGCAACAGCAGCAUAAACAGCAACAGCAACAGCAGCAGCAGCAGCAGCAGCAAACCACUACAAUACCACUACAUUCUCUACAUCCAAGCGUGUGA